GCCUGCCUUCCUCUCUCCCUCGAUCCUGAAAAAAGUCUGCCGCUGCUGCUGCCUCUGCAGUGGAGCGAGAGACGAACACACAGACAGAGUCCCCGCCUGCUCCUCCGUGCUGCCGCUGCCGCCGCCACUUGCUCGCGGGUUCCCACUGCUGCUGUGAGCAGCUGCCAUGGCAGUCGGGGAUCAGCGGGGACGCGACACGGAGCGGAGAUGCACCCCGUGACCGUGGACUCGCUCACUCGCCGUUCUCCUUCUGCCACUCACUCGGUGACACUUUCACUCUCACGCUCGCUCGCUCCCUCCCUCGUUCGGCAUCCCACUCGCUCAUUCAAUCCCUCAGCCACUCAGCUCCGCCGUGUCGCUCUCACGCUCGAUCCCCGUCGCUCAGCUCCCCACGCUCUCGUUCGCGCUCGCUCGCCCACGGGUCACGCGCAAUCUCCCACUCCUCUCGACCUGCAAGUUCGUCUCACCGCGCGCUCAUUCACUCCGCCCGGCCGCCCGUCUUCCCAGCCGGACUCCCCAGCCACGCACACUGACGGACGCGCGCACUCGCUCGGGACUGCCAAGCCAUGGCCGUGACCACUGCGCACCGGCAGCGGUGGUGACAUCGGGACUCAAGAUCCACCGACGGCCGCCACUGUCGCCUCCGCGCACGGCUGCGCGCCGGGGGGCGACUUUUCUUUCUCGCUGUUUUUGUUGCCGCGCGCGAGUUCGCCGCGGCUCCCGCAUCAUUUGCGCUGCCGCCAGCCCCGGGCGGAGACCAUGAACAGGAUGCGGGACAUCGCCGCCGAGGGUCCCAGGUCGCUGGGGUCGGCGAGGAAGGCGAAGACGCCCCGAAAGUCGAGCAAGCCGACCAGGUACCCUCCCCCGGCGCCGGGCUCCCUGGCGUCGAGCACGGGCUCCCCGCCGGGCAGCCCCCUCGACAGCAGCGAGACGGAGGAGCCCGCGGAGCCCCGGCGCACCCCGACGGGCCACGCGGAACUGCCCCACGCGUUCCGCCCCACGCCCAGCUACGUGGUGGCCGCCGCCGGCGUCGGCGGCGGCGUCGGUGCGUGCUCCUCGUCGCGUCUGGAGGAGAUGAAGCCCGACCAUCCGCUCGGCGCCUUCUACCCCAGCCAGUUCCUCUGGGGUCUUGCCGCCUCGGCCGAGGCGUCCGCCCUGGGCAGGGCGGCCACGGUAAACGUCAUCCGAGGCCCCAAGGUGGCCGUGCUGCCCUCCUCCUCCUCGGCGUUCGACGCGAGCACGGGGACGAGCAGCGGCGGCAGUGGCGACGAGUGCUCGCUCUCGCCAGCCUCAGUGGGGGGGAAGAGGAGGCACCACCACCACCACCUGCAGCUGCAGCAGCUACAGCUGCAGCAGCAGCAUCUGCACCACCACCACCACCUACAUCAUGCACUGUCUUACGUGGACGAACGUCAUCAUCACCUCGCGCACCAUCAUCAUCAGCAGUAUCAUCAGCAACAGCAGCACCACCAGCAGCAAGAGCAGCAGCAUCAUCAGCAACAGCAUCAUCAGCAGCAGCAACAGCAGCAACAGCAGCAGCAACAACAGCAGCAGCACACAUCACCGCUCCCUCCGCCCUCCAAGAGGGGCCGGUUCGGAGUCCCCGUCGCGCCAAGCGAGGAGGACAGCAUGGACAGCGCCGGCACCGGGCAAGGGGCAGGCCCGCGGGCAGGCCCGGGGGCAGGCCCGGGGCCGGGGCAGCAGGAUGACGACGACGAAGACGAGUCGGGCGGGGCAGCCUCGUUGCAGGGCUCCGACUCGAAGGUGGUGCAGCAGACGAGGAGGCUGCUCGCGAACGCGCGGGAGCGCACGCGCGUGCACACCAUCAGCGCCGCUUUCGAGGCUCUUCGCCAGCAGGUGCCGUGCUACUCGUACGGGCAGAAGCUCAGCAAGCUGGCCAUCCUGCGCAUCGCCUGCAGCUACAUCCUGGCGCUGGCGAAGCUGGCCAACGAGGACUACAGCGGCGAGCCGGGCGGCCUGAGCUUCAGCGAGUGCGUGGAGCAGUGCACGCGCACGCUGCAGGCCGAGGGGCGCGCCAAGAAGCGGAAGGAAUAAAUUUUGAGGAGCGGCGCGGUGACAAGAAAUGUAAAGAAAGAAGAAUCAUGCUGCCCCACAAUGAAAAGCACUUUUAACCUUCGGACAAUGACUUUGGAACGUUCGAGCAGAAUUUAUUGUAGUAAUAAUAAUGAUUAUUAUAAUACGCAGUGUUAAACGGCAACCGUGGAGCCAGCUUGUGGGGCCCGUGGCGGGCACGGCGGGCCGAGCGGAGAGGGGGGGGCCCGCUGCGGCCUGGUGGAUUCCUGUCGCGUCCCUCGCGGCUCGCGGACGCGGUGUGGCCGGUCCCCGUGCCUUCAUCGACGAAGCUGGGACAUACAAACGAAAAGUUGCAAAGCGCCACGUAAAGCAACCUUGGUUUUUUACGUGAUUUCACGUGUUCGACAAAAGGUGCACAGUUUGCGAUACAAUAGCGUGAGCGUACGUUGGCUUAAUUUUUUUUGGGGGGGGAGCGGGAUUUUGUUUUGCUCACCAACGACAACGACGACGAUAAAAGAAGACUGAAGACGAGUCACCGGCCAUCGUUGGCGGCACCUUGAGAGCGGCGCGUGCGUCGUGCCUCCGUGGGGCACGACGCGGCGGUUCGAUUUAAGUAAGUAAGGUUUUACUGCAGUCAUGCCAAUAUAAUGUGAAUAUGCUUGGGACGUUUUAUAGCCUAUUUUUACGUAAAGUAUCAAAGAAAUUAAAUCGCUUCUCACCUGUGGCUGCGCGCGUGGCUGUGUCUCAGAGGUGUGGACUCGAGUCAUGUGACUUGGACUCGAGUCAGACUCGAGUCAUGAAUUUGAUGACUUCAGACUCGACUUGGACUUGCAUAACAAUGACUUUGUCCCACCUCUGAGGUGUGGACUCGAGUCAUGUGACUUGGACUCGAGUCAGACUCGAGUCAUGAAUUUGAUGACUUCAGACUCGACUUGGACUUGCAUAACAAUGACUUUGUCCCACCUCUGCUGUGUCUGCUCGCGACGCGGAGCGGUGAGUUCACGCGCCGCGCCUGCGCCCACGUCCUGAGCAGCGUGGGGUUCAACUCCCAGCCGUUGGCUUCGAUGAAGUGUGCAACACCUGCACCUGUCCCGGGCCUCUCCUGGGUCGUCUCGGCCUUAAAUCGUCGCGGCGCGUGAACGUCGGCACCGUGGAGACAAAGGUGGCUGUUGAGCGGCGGUGCGGGCCACACCACACCACGUGGUCGGGGUGGCGUAGGCCACACCACACCACGUGGUCGGGGUGGUGUAGGCCACACCACACCACGUGGUCGGGGUGGCCCAGGCCACACCACACCACGUGGUCGGGGUGGCAUAGGCCACACCACACCACGUGGUCGGGGUGGCGUAGGCCACACCACACCACGUGGUCGGGGUGGCGUAGGCCACACCACACCACGUGGUCGGGGUGGCAUAGGCCACACCACACCACGUGGUCGGGGUGGCGUAGGCCACACCACACCACGUGGUCAGGGUGGCGUAGGCCACCCCACACCACGUGGUCGGGGUGGUGUAGGCCAUACCACACCACGUGGUCGGGGUGGCAUAGGCCACACCACGUGGUCGGGGUGGCGUAGGCCACGCCACCCCACGUGGUCGGGGUGGCAUAGGCCACACCACACCACGUGGUCGGGGUGGCGUAGGCCACGCC